GACGUCGAAAAUUAUAUCAUCAACUCAACUUCUUCCAAGGGACCACAAUUUCGGGAGAGAUGAAUAACUCCGAUAACUAUUUUCCGAUGUCGGCGGCAUUCCAGCUGCUGCCGGAAACAGGUCUCGCCGGUGCCGGCGGAGACAUUCGUUUGCCGUUGCUGAAUCUUUCAACGGUCCGCACUCGAAUGGAUUCGCUCCACAAAUUCCUCGCUGAUUCCGUCAACGGAAACACUCUCCUUAGACAGGAUCAGAUGCGGAUGGUUUCUACUGAGAUCACCUCCGCCAUCCACCAGAUUAUCGUCAACGGCGCCGCACUCCUAGCCUGUUCUCAACCGCCAGAGAUUACAAUACCUCCUUCUACCGAUCCGGAUCCGAAUCCAAAUCCAAAUCCGAAUCCGAUACUGUUGAAUAGUUCCGCCGGAUGUUCCGAACCUAGCCGACCGCCGCCGGUUACUAACUGGACUAAAGAAGAGGUCGUCGAGGAGAUGAAGGAUGACGUUUCGGACGACGAUAUGGAGAUUAUUGAAUUAGAUGCGGUGGAAUUGCUCGCUGAACAUAUCCAUUUUUGCGAGAUCUGCGGUAAAGGUUUCAAACGAGAUGCGAAUCUCCGUAUGCACAUGCGUGCUCAUGGAAAUCAGUUCAAGACGGCUGAGGCGUUAGCGAAGCCGGAUAAAAUCUCGCCGUCUAUUGCGUAUUCGUCCGCCGUCGGCAAACGGAAAACGCGAUUCUCGUGUCCGUACGUCGGAUGCAAUAGGAACAAGAAACACAAGAAGUUUCGCCCUCUGAAAUCUGUAAUCUGCGUGAAGAAUCACUUCAAGAGGAGUCACUGUCCGAAGAUGUAUUCGUGCAAUCGAUGCAAUAAAAAGAGUUUCUCAGUUUUGGCUGACCUCAAGAGCCACUUGAAGCACUGUGGUGAGUCGCGAUGGAGAUGCUCGUGCGGAACCACAUUCUCACGCAAGGAUAAACUGUUCGGUCACAUGGCGCUGUUUGAAGGGCACAUGCCGGCGGUCAUGGAAGAUGAUGAAAAGAACAAAAUAGAAGAGACUGAAAGGGCGAAGGAGGUUCCUAUUCCGGUGGAUAAUGAGUUGUUUGAAGGGCUUAUGCUUGAUGGGUUUGAUUCGAUUGAAGGUUACUGUUUACAGGACAUGUUAGGCAAUUCUUCUAACAGUAAUGGAGGUUUUGAAUCCGGAUUGAAUAAUGAUUUCUUCAACUUUUGACCAUCUCUAAUCUUCUUCUCAAAUCCCAGAUAGUAAGUACUAUUACUACUACUCUUGAUGCAUAGAUACCCACUGCCAAUGAUGUUUGUAGAGUACAAUAAUGGCGCAUAUUUGAUCUGUUAAUUCUCACUGGAUACGAUUUUUGAUCACUCCAUUUUCUCUGUUUCUUGU